AUGUAUUCUUUUGCUGCUGUGGGUGCUUGGGUUCAGUUGCGCGGGCUUCGUAUACUCGGUUGUAGUGCUGACUUGCGUUCCUGCUGGUCAGGACAGCUUCGUCGAUUUGUGGCAUCUUUCGUUAUGGGCGAUGGCUGCCGGGUUUUUCUUACUCUGUUCAAUGUCUCCGUAUUCUUAUGA